AUUUUUCCUCUUUCUAAUUUUCUCUUUUCGGAUGAGCCUCAGCUGCACACAGUUUGACACAGAAUUAAUUCACCACAUUCAGGGAAAUUCACUGACUGAAGAUAUCUGUACCAGCUGGUGCUGCAGACGACCACCUUGUGCCCAAACCAGCAACCAACUCACAAGUCAAGGGAAUCAUGAGGGUUCAGAGUGCCUGUUUGCUGUUGCUGCUGCUCUGUGCUGCUGUGCUCUCGCAAACUUACAAUGAUUUCAAAAAGAAACACAUCCUUCCAGAAAACGGCUCUCGUAAAUGUGAUGAUAUGAUGAAAAACGUUAAUGGCAUCAAUCAGUGCAAGCGAAUUAAUACGUUUAUCAACCAGAAAGCAGAAAAGGUUAAGGCUUUGUGUAAAGGUAAAAAAAAUGAAUACAUCACCCACAAAUUUGAUGUUAUUGACUGUAAGAUGAAAAGUGUGAAGCCUUGUAAAUACAAGUCUCUAGCACUCAAAGGAAAGAAGAAGAAGGUAAAAUGUGAAAAUGGCCUACCAGUACAUCUUGAGCAGGGCAUAUAUGACAAUUUUGAUUAUGACAGUGAAAAUUAAAGAUUGUUGUGCUUCUUUCAGUUUUCUUUGUAAUGCUGUACGAUCUUUACCUUCCAGUAUAAAGCGCAUUGACACAACUGCUGUUGUGAUCUGGCGCUGUUUAAAUAAAUCUGAAUGGAACUGAACAAAGAAUUUUACCUGUGCCACAAACCCUUUAAUGU